GCCGUCACCAUGCGGCGGCACGCGCGCCUCCACGCGCCCCGACCCAGGAACUUCGUCUGCGCCAAGUGCGGCAAGGCCUUCUACGACAAGACGACGCUGCAGCAGCACGAGAAGGUGCACUCGGGCAAGACGGUGCCCUGCGACCACGCCGGCUGCAUGUACCGCUGCCGGUCGCUCUCAGAGCUGGCCUUCCACCGUCGGACGCACUCCGACGAGCGCUCCUUCCACUGCGACGCCUGCAACUUCUCCACCAAGACCAAGUCGCAGCUCGUCCGGCAUGUGAAGAUGCACCUGAACGAGCGCGCGCACCGCUGCCAGCACUGCUCGUUCAGCUCGAGGGUGUCUUCCCACCUGCGCAGACAUAUGCGAGUUCACACUGGGGCCAAGCCCUUUCGCUGCCCUCACUGUACCUUCACCUGCAGCAGCCUCGAAAACCUACGCAAACACGUACUGAGCACCGCGAAGCACCAGGGGAAGUACAUGUACCAGUGCCACCUGUGCGACUUCGGCUGCAACAUGGCGGCCGACUUCCGUGCCCACCUGGUGGUCGCGCACCCCAACGCCUUCCCCGACAGCGAAUGCGCCGCGUCGUACGCCACGGGCAUCUACCAGCGCGCCGACGACCCAGUCUCCGUCGACCAUCCACUCGAGCGCCAGCCGCGGAAGCGCAAGAGGCAGACCAAGUCGGCGGGCAGCUCUGAAGACCCGCCAGUGGCGAACCCAGCCGCACUACCUACUGUGCAAGGGCCCGAGAGCUGCGUCGCUCCUGGUGGAUCUGCCGACAACCUCAAACAGCUGCAGCCUGGUGAGAUGACUGCCCAGCCAGCCAACGAAGAAGUCUCAUCUGUGAAAGUGAAACCAGAGCCCACAACACUGCAUUCUGACGAUCGGACUCUGCUGGAACCCGAGGAACAAACAGUGGGGCAGUCCCUGCCCAAAAGGAAACUGCAGUCCUCGACACCGAAGUCAGCUACCUCAACAGCUUCAAACUGCUCACCGCCAGGGCAUCAGACGACAUCCCAGACGGCACAGGCGAGGCACAGAAUACGCCUCGUGACUGCGACAAAGUCAGCGGCACAGCAUCCCGUUGGCAGUGUUCGUCAACUGACUCCUUCAGUACCUCCCCCACUCCAAAUUUCUCCACUGUCGAUUCAGAUCCCAGUGGUACCGACGGUGACGACACAAAUACAACCGAAAAUAGCCAUUCCAGCCAUCAGAAAUUCUACAGCUGCUACAGCUGCGCGUCCGCUGAUUGGAGUGCCUGUUCCUCAGCUGCAGACAUUUCGGGCCACAACUGGCUGUCAGGUGCCACAGCUGCUGGUACAGCCGGCACCGUUAGCAUUCAUUCUUUCACAGCCGGGCAACGUCCUUCAGAAGUCUACAGCCACCAUUCAGCCCAAGAGUACUGCUAGUCCAACACUAGUGACGGUACGUGCGGAAAGUCCCAGGCCACUGACACCUUCUGUGAUCCAGCUCUCACCAUCUGUCAUCUGUACUCCACAGCUACAGUUAGCAUCCAACGUUUCUGUCGGUAAAACAGUACGACCUUUAUCCUUGACAACAUUGUCCUCAGUACCAGGAACCAAAGAAUCUUUGAUCACUCCUGCUACGAUCUCUUCCAAAGCCCAGACUCAGGCAAAAUUUACAAGAAACGUUGUAGUAAAAUCUCAGUCACUUCAGAAUGCAGUCCAAUUAAAGAAAGCAACAGCAUCAGCUCCAGCAACGGGAAAAAAGUUUCAACCACUUCUGAGGCCGGCUUUGGGUGUGACGUUCCAAAAGACGGCCCAGUCUUCAGUGACAGCUGCAACGUCAGUGGCCUCGCUGACAACACAAAUGAGUGGAACGCCAAGUGAUCAUCGGGACUAUAUCAGUCAGACAAGGAGUGGCGUUGCGAGGGUCCUUACGACAAUCGACAACGCGGAGCGUCCUGGCACGGCAUCGAGCAGUGAGACACAAACGAGCAGCAACAUUAAAGUGGAAGACAGCGAUACGGACGAACCAGCUGACCAGCGGUGACGUCACCAUGCUGCGGACAACCUCAUCGUGGGAGUGACGUCGUAAUGCGAAGUCCCCAAGUCACGACGCAGGUCGUCAGAGUAUGUGCAGUGAAAGACAAUCCAUUGCUUUAUUUUCUUCGUUAACACACGAGGAAAUCCGUCAGUCAGUCAGUACGAAACAGAAACAGCAACAUAAUCAGUCGAGCACUACAGCCGACAGCAGCGUGUAUUAGUUUUAUGACAGCGAUAUUUCAAAUCCAGCCUGUCUUCGUAAAAAAGGAGACGUGAAGCCCCGCAAUGAAAAUAUUGUGGAUAUUAAAUAAGCUUCAUUGCAAGGGACUGGCUCUGUAAAUUUCUUCUUUUUUCGCAACUGAAAUCGUUGUUUUGAUCUGCACCAGAAAACGGGAAACUCGUGUGAUUUCUGUGGUUAGCGGGAUUUGUGAUGGUUUAUUUUCGGGGUUCCUUGCCCUAUUGAUGACUCCAUUCUGCGUGCAGAAUAUUUCGACGUCUGAUCUAGUCGUCGUUUUGAGGUUGUGACAUUCUUGGCCAGUGGCAACACUUUUUAUGUCGAAAUAUGUCUGGAUAACGCAUCAAGUGGUGGUAUAACCAUUUUCACAUUCAUUAAAAAUACUUAUUUCUGAUCGACUGUGCAGUCUAAGGUGGAAAGUCUCAGGCCGACUAUACAACAGUUAUUGCUUAUUGGUUUUAAAAAAAGAAACACUCAGUUACAUGUUUCCAAUAAAAAAUAAAAACCCUGCUUCUCAAGUCAACGUGGCUAACAUCUUUCCAGUCACAAAUUUAUAAGAAAUAUCACGGAGCCUCGGCACUGACUGACACUGAUACAAGAGAUCAGCAAUUUCCGUCACUUCUCUCAGAAGCGGUUUUAUUUAAAGACUGCGCCAUUUACGUGAUUAGUUAGGUGUAAAAAGCCAUUCCAACAGAUUUGUUGGUGGAACGCCAAAAAUACGCAAUUAAGGAUUUUAAAUGAUGUCCUUCGCAGAAUACCAGUUAAUUUGGUUUGGAAUCGCCAUUUAUAAUUGUUUAUUCACAUUGGAUUUGCCAGAAAAAGACAUUGGUAUUGGUGACAUUUAAAACCAAUUACUUUUCCCCAUUACAAAAAUUGUAAUAAUAAUUUUGUUGAUGUAAGUCAUUCACUGUGCGUAAAGGUUGAUAUGGCGUUAAAAACUUCCAGUGAUGAAUGUGCUGGAGGUAAUAAAUGAUUUUAUAUGGCUAUAUUAAUUCUUUAUUAUUAAAAUAUAGACUUUUACUUGCAUUCACUUGUGUGUGCCGAGUUAGUUCUAUACUCUGCAUAGUCUGCAAUAACACAGUCACUCUGAUGUGUGGUUCGAUCAAAAUGAUGCAAAAUUACCUACGAAAACCACCAUAUAUCAGAUGUGAUGGGUCAUUUAAAUGAAGCAGUCCUCUACGAAACCUGUUAUGUCACUAUGAAUUGUGCGACCUCCCGUUUUCCAAUAAACGUUACUAUUAUUUGGCGCGUACUCGAAACUGAGAAUAGAGCGCGAAAAUUCGGAUGACUCAGAGAUACUAAUACGAGUAAGUGUAUUUAGUAUGUCUGGAAUUAAAUGAAUCAGAAAAUUACAAGAAAAAUUAAGGUCUUGGCAGCACUACGUUACGCGAAAUCGAAGUCUGACUGAAAUGUUCGGUAAUUUUACGUUACGUGUCAGAGACUAGGCUGAAGGCAAUCAGUUGUGGGCUUAGUGUACGCUGUCGAUCUACUAUCCAUGAAAAUCAGAAGAUAAUUCGAGCUACAUCAGAAGAUAUUCAGAGCAGAGAUUUUAUUUAUGCUCACUGCCAGAAAGUCUCGUUUUUCUUUUAUUGUGUGUAAAAAUGGAGGCGUCAGUUAGAAUGGAAACGCGACAACGUGCCAUCAGUCAACAAUUCGUGUCGCUUGUAAUAAGUCAGGUUAGAGCUUCCAUUUCAUUAAUGGAUGUGCCCAUACUAUUGACCUUCGUUGUUUUACUACCUCGAUUCACACAAGCAGCAGCUACCCAUUGCGUAUGAAUUGGGUAUGAAACAGCAGAUGUUUGAUUUCCAUGUAUCAAAACGUAGAAGUGUUACAUAUAUAUCUGAAUGUCUUUCGAAAUAUAUUGGUCAUUCGAAUGUGUGUUUGAAUUUACAAUAGUAAAUGUGGUUAUGAGGUAGCGGUAAACAGGUUUGUUUUAUAACGCACAGCCUUGAGAAAAGUGUUCAUACAGAGGGCGUUAAGUUCGUUUUUGAAUAUCGAAGGACAACUCAGACUCAGUUUCGAAAUGUACGUCGUUUUGACAUCUUCAGAAUUGCACAUAGUUGUAAAUGUCGCUAGUGUUUAUAAACUCUGCUUUUAAAGUAAACACAAGUUAUUACCCUUGAUGCUACCUGCGAAAGAAUGGAUUUUUGACGUUGUUCUCAAUUUCCCUGUUGUAGCUAACCAGCAUCCGGGCAGAAAUCCAUACAAUAUAUAUUCUAUCGCGGACUUUGUAAUGUCUUUCAUUCAUAAUAGAAUAUGCUACAUGCGGGCUGCUCAUAGGAACGCAUUUACUACAAAGAUUCCCUGAAGUCGUCACUUGAGUUGACAGCUACAAACAACUGCGCUUCAGCCUUUAUAACACUGCCUCCUGUCUAAAGCUGUUUCUCAGAAAUGUUCCAGCGCUGGAAGAAACAGUGACCUUUCAGCUUCCACCGAGAAGACAUUCCAGUUCAACAGCAAUGUACACCAUGAUCCCUGUUACUUGCCGUCGUACGUAUAUCACCAGCUAGCCGACGUGCACCACAGUCCAAUUGAAAAUAACAUAACGACCUAUUUUGUAACAGUUGAACCUUUAAAUAUUGUGUCUUUCAUGUUCCUCGUUAUUCAUUGCUAUGAAAUGUAGAAUUUUGUGAAUAAAAUGUUUAAAUACAAUGA